AUGCGCAUCCUCUUCCUCUGCACGGCGCACAAUUCGCUGUCGCAGAAGCUCUUCCUCGCCCUUUCCGAGAAUCAUUCCGUCACCGUCGAGUAUGCCCUCUCCGACGAGGCCAUGAUCGAGGCCGCCGCCCUCGCCAAGCCGCAGCUCAUCGUGUGCCCCUUUCUCACCGCGCGCGUGCCGUCGGACGUGUACGAAAACUACGUCACCCUCAUCGUCCACCCGGGCCCGCCGGGCGAUGCCGGGCCGAGCGCCCUCGACUGGCUCCUCGUCGGCGACGACGGCACCGAGCCGGACGCCGACCGCCUGCUGCGACGGGACCUCCUCAGCGCCGUCGGCCGGAGUCACUGGGGCGUCACCGUCCUGCAGGCCAUCGGCGAGCUCGACGCCGGCCAGGUCUGGGCCUUUGACCAGUUUCCCGUCGACAUCAACGAGGCCGGCUUGACCAAGUCGAAGCUGUAUCGAGGCCCCGUCACGAGGGCCGCCGUGUCGGCCACGCUCGCCGCCGUCGCGAGAAUAGAGUCCGCCGCCAAGGUCGACCCCUCGGAGCUCUCCGGCGCACCCCGCUCCCCUCCGGACUCGCCCGCCCCCGACCGUCGCUUCUCCGCCGAGGGGGGCGGGGGGAUCCGUCCGGGCCUGCGGGCGAGCGAGUCCUUUGCCGAGCUCUCCGUCACCUCGGCGGAGCCCUUUCGUGGUGGCGACACCCACGUGCGGCCGCUUCUCAAGGCCGGCGAGCGGGACUUUGACCCGACGAGGCACGAUGCCGCCACCGUGUCGAGGAGGAUCCGGAGCGCCGAUUCGCAGCCGGGCUGCCUCAGUGCCGUCUUCGGUCCCAAGCUCUAUCUCUACGGCGGCACAAUCGAAGACUCGGUGACGGCGUCCCCGAGCCACGGGUUUGCGCCCGGCUGCAUCACCGACAUCCGAGAUGAGGCCGUCUGCAUCGGCACCUGCGACGACAGGGGCGUCUGGAUCACGCAUGUGCGUCGCCUCAAGACCAAGGCCGACUCGUCCCUCUGGCCCAAGGUCCCGGCCGUGUCCGGCCUCGUCGAGCUCGGCGUGUUGCCUCCCGUGUCGCCGCCGCACCUGCCCAUGGUCCUCGGCCGGUCGCUUCCCGAGGACUGGUCCCGGUCGGUGCCGGGGACCUUUCAGGAGAUCUGGGUCGACAUGGUCGUCGGGGGCUCCGGACGGCUUGCGUACGUCUACUUUGACUUUUACAACGGCGCCAUGAGCACCGCGCAGUGUCGGCGGCUCGUUCGGUGCCUCGGCGAUGUGCUGGCGACGACGGAGCAACGUCCGCUCGACGCCGUCAUCCUCAUGGGUGGCGACUCGUACUUUAGCAACGGCAUCCACCUCAACGUCAUCGAGGCCGCGUCCGAUCCGUCGCUCGAGUCCUGGUACAACAUCAACGCCAUCAACGACGUCGUCGACAUGGUUCUCGACAAGUUCGCCGCCCGCGGCGUCCCUACCGUCGCCGCCCUUCGUGGCAACUGCGCCGCCGGGGGGGUUGCCCUCGCCGCCGCCUGCGAUCUCGUCCUCGCCGGCGAGCAGGUCGUCCUGAACCCGGCCUACCGGGCCCUCGGUCUUUUCGGAUCCGAGUUCCACAGCCUCAGCUACCCGGGCCGCUGCGGCGAUGCGGCCGCCGCCUCCGCGUUGAGGGCCAUGACACCCCUGAACGCCGAUGGUGCCCGCCGCUUGGGCUUGGUCGACCACGUCCUGCCCGGUUUCGGGUCCGCCCUCGACGCCGCGCUUCGGAGCCACGUCGAGUCCGUCUUUGCCUCCGAUCGGCCGCACGUGGAGGCGACCGCCGCCGUCGGUCGGUGGAAGCGCCGGCUGGAUUUGUCCGCUCCCGCCCUCGCCAGAGCGCGCGCCGAGGAGCUUGCGCAGAUGUCCAUGGACUUUUGGAGCGCCCGAUCCGAGCGCUAUCAUGGGCGUCGGAGAGAUUUUGUGCGAAAGAUGAAGCCCACGGCAACGCCUCUUCGCUUUGCAUCCCACAGACGUGCCGAGGGGAUGCUGGACGAGGAGGAGCGCGACAGCUUCGACUCGAUCCAGUGGUUUGCUGAAAAGUCUGCGAGGUCGGCGACCGAGGACGUUCCGCCGCAGACGGCGACCGGUAUGGCAGCUCUUUCGCUGGCCGAAACCAACCAUGUCGCAAGUCGUCAUCUCUUUGGCUGUUACUAUCCCUGUUAG